GUCCGACUCUCUUGGCUCGACAACCCCGCGACCUCAGAACUUGUCCAAGUCAUCCUCCUCCUUUCUCGUGCGAUCGACACCCACACUUUUACUAUCACGUCUUUUGUUAUCACCUACGACCAACAUGGCCGACUCCCUCACCGAAGAGCAGGUCUCUGAGUUCAAGGAGGCUUUCUCCCUGUUCGACAAGGAUGGCGAUGGCCAGAUCACCACCAAGGAGCUGGGUACCGUCAUGCGCUCCCUCGGCCAGAACCCCUCCGAGUCUGAGCUUCAGGACAUGAUCAACGAGGUCGACGCCGACAACAACGGCACCAUCGACUUCCCUGAGUUCCUUACCAUGAUGGCGCGCAAGAUGAAGGACACCGACUCUGAGGAGGAGAUCCGCGAGGCUUUCAAGGUUUUCGACCGUGACAACAACGGCUUCAUUUCUGCUGCUGAGCUCCGACACGUUAUGACCUCCAUCGGCGAGAAGCUUACCGACGACGAGGUUGAUGAGAUGAUCCGGGAGGCUGACCAGGACGGUGACGGCCGAAUCGACUACAACGAGUUUGUCCAGCUCAUGAUGCAAAAAUAAACGACCUGCUUGAUACCUGAACAACCGAAUCCCUAGGCAUGCCAUUUGCAUACCAACGCUGGCAGCGAGUGCGCAUGGUCCUAGGGAGCACGGGUACUCUUCUUUAUUUAAUAGCAAAACUGCAAGCGAUUCGGAGGACAUCUUCGAUAGUUGGGCCAAAGUUGUGAGGAGUGACUAGCUUUCCGUGUUUACUCAUGUCUCCACGGCUGUUGUUGUCCCAUGGUUUUUUAUCUACAUGGCUCAUGAAUCAUGACAACAGAGCAAUUUUUCCACAUAAUCUUUGAUCUGGGCUUUACAG